UUCUGGUGUGUUGGUGCACACAUUACACUGCAGCAGGAAGGGAAGACAGCAAAGGCCAGACAUGUUUAUCCUGGUGUGUCGCUACAACCGGGUGUUUGCCUACCCCGGUGAUGAUGUCACGCUGACCUCUCACCUCUCCCCUGAAACCAGUGCGGUUGAUAUGGAGAUCAGGUGGUUCAGGGGGAUAGAAUGUAUUUACCUGUAUAAGAACGGGCAGGUGACGGUGGGUAAAAGGUAUGAGGGCAGGCUGAGUUUGUUCACUGAGGAGCUGAAGAUAGGAAACGUUUCUCUUCUUCUGAGAGAUGUCGGCCAGGCGGACACUGGAAUCUACAGCUGUCAGGUCAUCAGUGGUGGAAACUGGGAAAACAGGGUGGAGAAGACCAUUCACCUGUACAUGGCAGGUACGGAAAUACUUUCACCUGAGAGAUCGGGGUUGAAAAUUGCAGAGCAGGACAGCCUGGAUAUGGAGGAGUCGGUUCAUUCACUUGAAAUUAAGAAACGACUGCAGAAAAAGGACAAAGAGCUUCAAGAUAAGAUUAAGGAGUUGGAAAGCAUGGCAGUGGAGCUGAGGAGAGUUACUGGUCUCCUACAGGACAGAGAAACUGGUCUGGAUGGCAUGAGAAAAGUGGUGAAUGACAGAGAGGUCCGUUUGAACAGCAUGGCCAGUGAACUGGAGGCCUUUAAACGAGAACUGGAGAAACUGGCACUGAAACUACAGGAGAAGGAAGAAGAGAGCAAGGUCCUCUCAGAAGAGCUGCAAGCAAGAACAAGAGCAGUCCAGGAGCUUACAGUGAAUCUGCAGGAAAAGGAGCAGGAACUGGAGGAGGAGAAGAAACAUCAGGAGGAAAGAGAGCAGGAACUGGAGGAAGAGAAGCAACACCAGGAGGAAAGAGAACAACUGCCGCAGACAGUAAAUGGAGGCAGUCCCAGCAUGGCAGAUGUACCCCAAAGUCCUCCCACUUCAGAACUUGUGGAAGCAAGUGAGAAGAUGCUGAGUAAAAUGUACCAGGACCCAACAGAGCAGCUGGAAGAGAUAGAGAGAUGGAUUCAGCAACAAAGAGAAGAAAGAAAGGCAAGAGAAGAGCAGGAGAGGACGGACGCUCUUGAGAAAGAGUUUCUCAGGUACGCUCUGAUGAUGAAAGAACGGAUCGAGGAGGAGCACGAAAAGAUUAUGACCGUUGUGAAGAUGGCGGCUGACCUUAAGAUGGAGCUAGAAUAUGCAGAGACUGAGGAGGAAAGAGGUGAGCUGGAGCUGCAGCUGAAGGAAGCUUCAGAAAGACAAAGGCAAGGGGAGGAAGAGAUGGACAGACUGGCAAAAGAGAUCGACAGGCAGAGAAACAUAAUCGAGGAGAAGCACAAGAAUGAGUUAGAGGAGAUCAGAGAGAAGUACGAGGUUGUGUCGAGGAUUGAAGCAGAGACAAACCUACUGAAAAUCAUCUUGCCCGACGUACAGAUGUACUUUCGGAAUGUAACGGCACCAUUGAGGAACACCUGGAAGAAGCAGAUGCAGGAAUUGGAGAGUGAGAAUAUAGAGUUGAAGCAGACUGAAGAAAGAUAUCCAUAUCCAGACAGUGUAGAAGACUAUGACAGAGAAUAUCAAAGGAGUCCAAUUGAGGAAGAAGAGUCCCCAAGAGAAAUUCUCGAAGUUUCUGAGUUAAGAAUGCAUGCAGAUCAGUUGAGUCACCUCAGUGAAGAGGGUCCAGAAUUAAGUGACAGUUACGAAGAGAACCAACCAAGACUGGAAGGAGAAAUGAAUGAAAAGGUACAGCAAACUAACGAAACAGAUUCUGAAAGUGAGACUUCGGAACUGCAUCCAAAACUCAACAUGGUGAACGGUAUGAUGAUCAAUGGAGGGCAUGAAGAAAUACAAACAGACAUUGGCCAUGGAGCUCAAAAAGAGCAAGAAGGAGUAGGCGAGCAUGAUGAGAAGGAGUGUGAAGAGGACUUGGAUUAUGCCCAGUAGUCAUGCUGGCUCUGAUCCAUGUUUAAAUUUUGGAAGACACAGCAUGUAAUUAAACUGCUCAAGCUGUGUCAGAAUUGGCAGUAGAUUUAGCUUUUUUUGAGUAGUUGCCAAAGCCUCAUUUGAUGAGAUUGAAGGGAUGCUUUGACGAUGUUCCCAUUUUAACCAAAAAUGUAUCAAAUAGUAAUAGUUUUGCAAUGGAACAUGUACUAAUGUACCCUCUGACAAAGGGUUUUUUAAGUGAUGCCAUAUGACUCUAUCUCCAAAUCUGGAUCUUGAAUCCAGUUCCUAGGCCUGAGUUGUGCCCAAAACUGUGCACUACUUUGGGUUGCGCAUUUUGUAGCUGUGCCCAAAAAUGUGGUGAAGAUUUUUUGUGCACUCCAACAACCCCACAAUCAGACAUGUAUAAAAUACUAGAGACCCAGACUUUAGUAAAAGUACAAGUGCUCUAUCAAAAAAGUGACUUGAGUAGAAGUGUUCUUCAAGCAUCAUCGAUAAGUGGAAGUACUCAAGUAUUAAAAAAUAUUUAUUUAGGUAAGUAUUGCAAGUAGUUUAUUCUAAAAUGUACUACUCAAGUAAUGCAAUUAAAAGUACAGUAUUGCAUUAUGUAAUUAUUAAAGAAAGCAGUGGAAAGUAAAACGGAGAACAGGAGCAGCGUGGUCUUCUUAUAAGAUCAGUUUAAUCACUUGAUUCACUCAGUGAUGAGCACUAAAAGUAUUAAACUCAUCAAAACUAUGACGUGAAUUGGAGAAAAAAAUUACUCCAAUAUUCCAGUAGAUACAGAUACAGCAUUUAAGUACUGUAGUACAAUAGUGAAGCAGUUCUACUUCCUCACUAUACCUUUGCCAACAAUGAAUGCACCACAAUGUUUAGUGUACAAAGCGAUGUACUCUAUUGGACAUGGAAUUCCCAUUACAUUGCAUUGUCUGAUUUAAAGCUGUACACAGCUUCUCCAAAGGAGACCUACUAUAUGUUCAGAUUGUUUAUGCGACACACGCUAUGUUGUGAUCUGGAUUUUCACAUUUUCACAGGAAAUAUUAAAUAAGGGGACAGUUUUAAACAGAAGCUCUGGACAUUAAGGAAAGAGUAAACAGUUAACUUUAUCUUUAAACCUUUAACCUUUAGGGAUCAUCAAAUACACACCUCUUUUACAGAAAUGGUUCUUUUUAGGACCAAAAGUAGUUCUUCUAUGGCAUCACUUAAAGAACUGUUUGCAGCAUCCUUUGCUUUUAAGAAAAAACAGUGCAAGCCACCAGUUUGGCAUUCCGCCCACUGCAUACCUAGAACAUUUAGUCAGGUGUUAAGCAAUCGCAAAUACCUAGCACAGUAUACUAUUUUUAAAUACUGUCUGUUUAAUUGCUAAAAUACUAAAAAAAGGCAUGAAGUCUGAAUUUGGUUUAUUUUUAUUUGGCUAAUCAACUGCAUUUGAUUCCAUUUUUGGCCAAACCUUUACUUUAAAAGGAGAAUGCAGAAUUUUUUUUUUUACAAAUCUAAACAUAACUCAUAUAUAUAGUCAUAUAUAGAUUCAGAGUGAAAUGGUUUAUUAUGUAAAAACCCACUGAUUUCUUUAGUGAUCCAGAUGAGACAGAGGACAACAGUAACAUUGCUAUUUAUUUACUGUCAAAUAUGUUAUAUUUAAUGUUAAGAAUAUGAAAGAAAAUUGUGUUUUUUGGUCUAUUUCUCCUUCACCAUAAAUGGAAAAGUCAAUCUCAAAACGAACCUACAAUUCAGACAUCAAGUAGUUCAUAACUACUUUAGGUAACCAUGUUUAAACUCUUAAAAUAACAUAUUAGUCACUAUGACUGUACAUUUCUCAUAUAAUUUCAAUCAAAUCCCUCUGAAUGACUUUAAAAAGAUACUUAAAGAUAAUCUGAAAUCAGAUGAUCCUCUGACCUGGCAGAGUGUUGAGAUAAACUGGCAGUCAUUUUUCUCAGAUGUACAUACAUUGAUGGUAGAAACCGAUUUAGUUUAUUUUUACAUCUUUACAUUUUGGACAAAAGAAAAAUAUGUUAAACUGCUUCAGAUACAUUUUUAAAUGAAUAUGGAAAAGGAGGGGGUUUUGUGUUUUGAGUAGUCUUAUUUUUGUAAUUUUUGUAAUACUUAUAUCAGUUGUUCAAAUCAUUUAAAUGUGAUUCAUAUCAUUU